GCGCAAUGCCGUGUUGCUGAUUGACCCCAGCAGAGGGUCGUGAAGAUAUGUGACCUGGUAUCACCACAUUGAUAUCUUUCUACGAAAGCGGGCCUUGAUUUCUGAGUUCUUUCCACAUCGUCACCGUCCUCGACACUGCCACCCACAAGCUUCUCAAUCCUUACUUGGAAGAUUUGUGGAGGAGAGAUGGGGGGAGGUGCUCAAGAGAAGUUGCUGGAUCAAAUCUUCCAGCUGAAGUUUACGUCCAAGUCGCUUGUGCGCGAGGCGAAGAAGUGCGAGAAAGAUGAGAAAGCUGAGAAGCUUAAAGUGAAGAAGGCGAUGGAGAAGAACAAUAUGGACGGGGCUAGGAUUUACGCGCAGAACGCCAUUCGCAAGCACAACGAGCAUCUGAACUACCUGCGUCUAUCCUCCCGGUUGGAUGCGGUUGUGGCGCAACUCAACACACAGAGCAAGAUGCAGACAAUUUCGAAAUCCAUGGGGUCUAUCGUGAAGGCGCUGGAUAGCUCCCUUGCUGUCGGUAACAUGGAGAAGAUUUCGCAAACCAUGGACCAAUUCGAGAAGACCUUCGUGAACAUGGAGGUGCAAGCCGAGUUCGUUGAAAAUGCUAUGGCGGGAAGCACCAGCUUGUCCACGCCCGAGGACGAGGUUAAUUCGCUCAUCAAUCAAGUGGCUGACGAUUACGGUCUCGAGGUCUCCCUAGGGCUACCGCAAGCAGGCGCCACAUCAGUGCCUGCGAAAGAGUCCUCAACCGAAAGCGCUGAGGAUGAUUUGAGCCGCAGAUUGGCAGAGCUUCGGAACAGAGGCUGAUACUGCGUAUAGAAAACAACGGAGCCUUUCCUUGCCGACGAAUUCCUCCCCUCACUGCGCGGUGCAACCUCCUGUUGCAGCCAUUUUCUAGGGUUUCAGGUUUUAUUCCGAGAAUUCGCUAUCUUACCUCGGAGUGAAACUUAUGUAGCUUAAACAUAGAAACUCUUACAUAUCCCUUCGCCCGUGCAGUGAUCCCUGGUUGAGAGAAAAGCCAACGUAUCAACGUCUACAUUCUGUCCAAGAAUGUGUCUCCCCUGCAUCUGGUUGAUUAUUGGGAUAUGCCUUGCCUCAAGUAGCUUUGAGGUCUGUACAUUUAUGUAAGCGGUCUAAUCUCUGGCCGAUGUAUCAACAGAGCUCUCUUCUUAUUCACUGUC